ACCGCGCCGCCACUGUGCUCUCUACGGCUGUCGUCGCCCGGGCUGCGCGCAGACCAGCCGCCGGCUGUUUUCGAAACACACCCGUCCGCACUCACAAGGUGAACGGAGAGCGGCGAUGAGCGUCAACUCGAGCGCGGCGGGCCGGCGUUCCACGAGCGUCAGCGCCAGCGGCAGCGGCAGCGCCAGCGACAAGCGCGCCAGCUUCCAGAGCCACGAGGCGCGAGACAGCUUCAAGAGCCUGCACACCAGCCUCGAGGACGGCUCCAGCUCGGGCCACGGUGGUGGCGAUGGUGGCUGCAGCGAGGGCGAAGGCGGCAUGUCGCCGCGCAUACCGCGCAAGUUCAUCUCCAACUGGCGGCACGCCUGCGACCGCACCAGGGACCGCACCAAGGAGCUGCUGCGCCGCUGGCGGACCAUGCCCGACGGGCCGGGCGGUGCGCCGGGACACUGCGAGGACGACGGGUUCGCCGAGGGCGAUGUGGAUGCCGAGGGCUGCGCGCGCCGCUCCAAGGACCACGGCUGGACCGUGCACGUCUGGGCAACGUGGGUUGAAAGGAACACCAGUGAAGAUGAGACUACGGAGAACACAGAGGAGCUGAAGAACUGUCUGUCAGAUACUCAGAGGGAAAAAUUUACUCACUUUUUCACUCACCUUUUGGAUACGGACAGAGACAACAAAAUAUCAGAACAAGACUUCGAUCUUCUUAGCGAGCGAUUGCGUCACUUUGCUGACUGGUCAACAAAUUCUCCAGAGUUUCACAUUCUCCAUGAAGUGCAAAAUGGCUUUGUAGAUACAUUUAUUAAAUCCAAUCUGUGCAAUAAGCGUUUUCUGGACACUACAUCAGAUGACAGUGAGACAGUGAGUCUUGAUCAUUGGCUCAUACAGUGGAGUAAAUUAGUGAAAACUGCCCAGAACUUGUAUGACUUUCCUCUCUGGCUGCAAUACUUUGCAAAAAUUAUUUUCCUUGUAAUGAACAGAAGUGGGUCCGGGAUCAUCUCAAAGGAUGAGCUCAGAAUAUUCUAUUCAUCUUUUCUUGGGUUUGAAAAAAAGGCUAUAGAUGAAUUCAUUGACUUGGCAUACGACAAUCUGACCUCGAAUGGUGACUACAAACUCCGCUACUCAAUUUAUCGUUUGUGUUUCUCGAAUUUCCUGUUAGGCCGUUUUCCUCAUGGUCCUGGCCAGUUCUUAUUUGGAACAUACGAAGGAGAAACUAAAUACUCAGCAAUGUUCCCAAUUGACUAUAGUGCAAUGAACAGCCCACCUGAAGCACUUGAACAAUAUAGUCCACACAAGAAGAGCAAUAGGCACUCAGUUAUUGUGUAAAGCACAAUAUUAACAUAAACAAGGUUUGAAUAUGAAAUGUAUAAGCAUAAACAUAAUGAGCUUUAUGUUUUUUGUGAAACUGAUAAAUGUUUUACAGAUUUCCUAAAAAAUUGCCUAAGCGAUAGACAAGACAAUCUCUGUAAAAGACUGUUGUUGUGUGAGCAUUGAGGUGAUGAACUAUCGUUACCAAAAUGAAUAAUCACUUGUUGAAGUGUUUGGUGCAAACUGGUUUCUCAUUCUGGAAGCUAACAGAAUAAAACAAACACUGACUUCUGUAA